AUUACCAACAGUGUCCCGAAGUGAGCAUCAGAUGAAGUGGACACUUAUCAGCCCUGGAAACUGUGGAUAAGUGGACAUUUAUCUUCACUAUCACAAAGCGAAUUUCUUCCAGGUAUUUGUUGGUGUUUGGAUCUCGCGGAGGGGGUUAAAAAUGUCUGUUCACCUGUAUCAAAUGAGCACCAGACUGCUCGGGGACACUUUUGGGAAAAUGAACGAGAACCUGACCUCCGUGGUGCUGGCUGCUUCUGUCAUCACCCUCACUCUGGGAUACAUCUCCAAACUGCUGCUCAAACAGUCCCCCGACAAAGAUCUGAAAUAUCCACCUUUCAUUCCCUCCAGCAUCCCCUUCCUGGGUCAUGCCAUUGCAUUUGGGAAAAGCCCCAUUGAAUUUCUUGAAAAUGCUUAUGAAAAAUACGGCCCCGUGUUCAGUUUCACCAUGGUGGGGAGCACGUUCACCUACCUGCUGGGCAGCGAAGCUGCAACACUGAUGUUCAACAGCAAAAACGAGGACCUGAACGCCGAGGACGUCUACUCCAGACUGACCACCCCGGUGUUUGGCAAAGGAGUGGCCUAUGAUGUACCGAACCCCAUCUUUCUGGAACAAAAGAAAAUGCUGAAGACCGGACUGAACAUUGCUCGUUUUAAGGAACACGUGAAAGUCAUUGAAGCAGAGACCAUAGAGUAUUUUCAGAGAUGGGGAGACAGCGGGGAGAAAAACCUGUUUGAGGCUCUGUCUGAGCUGAUCAUCCUGACGGCCAGCAGCUGCCUUCAUGGCCAAGAGAUCCGCGGCAUGCUGAAUGAGCGAGUGGCCCAGCUGUACGCAGACCUGGACGGAGGAUUCAGUCACGCUGCCUGGCUCCUGCCCGGCUGGCUGCCGCUGCCCAGCUUCAGGAAAAGGGACAGAGCUCACAAAGAGAUCAAGAACAUCUUCUUCAAGGUGAUUCAGAAACGCAGACAAUCUGGAGAGAAAGUGGACGACAUCCUGCAGACCCUCAUCGAUGCCACGUACAAAGACGGACGACCCCUGAACGAUAACGAGAUCGCGGGGAUGCUGAUUGGUCUCCUGCUGGCGGGUCAGCACACGUCCUCCACCACCAGCGCCUGGCUCGGUUUCUUCCUGGCCAGAGACAAAGCUCUGCAGGAGCGCUGCUACGCCGAGCAGAGGGCUGUGUGCGGAGAAGAGCUGCCACCUCUCAGCUUUGAUCAGCUGAAAGAUCUCAGCUUGUUGGAGCGCUGUUUGAAGGAAACCCUGCGUCUCCGCCCGCCCAUCAUGACCAUGAUGAGGAUGGCUCGCUCCCCUCAGACUGCAGCAGGAUACACCAUCCCUGUGGGCCACCAGGUCUGCGUCUCUCCGACUGUCAACCACCGUCUGCGCGACACCUGGGCCGAGAGGAUGGAGUUCAACCCUGACCGCUACCUCAACGACAACCCCGCCGCAGGAGAGAAGUUUGCCUACGUGCCGUUUGGAGCCGGCCGCCAUCGCUGCAUCGGGGAGAACUUCGCUUACGUCCAGAUCAAAACCAUCUGGUCCACUUUACUGCGCAUGUACGACUUCGACCUGGUGGACGGAUAUUUCCCCACAAUUAACUACACAACAAUGAUUCACACACCUCACAACCCCGUCAUCAGAUACAAGAGGAGGAAACAGUGAGAGGAGAGACGAUAGAGGAGACGAACAUCCUGAGUGUGUGCAGUGAAGCUGAAACUUCCUGGGACUUGAAUUUAGGAACAUUUAGAUGAACGCACUUUGCUACGACUGAAUGUCCAAAUGUUUAGUUUUUGUGCUUCUUUCAGCCUUUUUUUUUGCUGAACGUCAACAGUAACACAUGGAUUUCUUAACUUUGUUUUAGCUUUUGACAGUGACUAAGACACUGACUUCCUCACAGAUGCUGAUAUUCACCAUGUGAAUUCUUAUAAAAUAGCAACGGUCAAUAACACAGUGCCUCAAUGGAGCAUAAAGGCGUGUGGCCUCAGUAUGUUUUAUUCAGAAGAGAACAGAUUUUGGUGGGAGAGGGAUUUAAUUUUCUAUUCAGUUGCGCAGUGAACUUCAUAAUUUUUGCUUCAUGAGACAGGAGAAAGAAACUAGAAGGGCACUUUAUGAUAUGCAAAAUCUGCAGGCGCAAACCACUACAUAUGUCCAGAGAAAUAUUUCCAAAACUGUUAAAAUUAUGUCGAUAUAGUUGUUAUUAUUAUGGUCUUCUAAGUUGGAAAUAUUUUCUAGUUCUUUCUAGUUCAAAUUUAAAACAAAUCUCAUCACAUAAACCAGGUGGUGAUGAAGAUUUUAAGGUUCUCUCCAAGUGCUCAGUAACGAUGCUGCGUUCAAAUGGGCUCAGGUUUACCUUUUUUACAAGAAGAGUCCCUAUGAACUCUCCCCUGAUUUGGUAUUCACAGCCGCCCUGAGAGCUCUGACUUUAUGUACACGACUUCUUAUGAGGAUUCGUGCUUCUGUUAAUUUGGAAUGUGACAUGAAGUAAUCUGACUUUUACAUUUGGUUUUGUUACAUUUAUUUCCCCAAAUGCCUUAUCUUGUAAUGUUAAAGAAAGGAGAAAAACAUUAGUGUAUCCACCUAUUGAGACAGAUUCACUCCACAUUUAAUGGGUUGUUCUCAAGCAGCGAAGCUCAAAAAUAAAACUGAUGCCGAAGUGCUGAAAACUGCAGUUCUCUGCUUGAGGCCGGCUCCAGAAGCCAGUCAUAGACCCUCAUAGACCCCCAUGUUAAAACGCCCAACUUUACGACAGAAAUAAACACACUAACAGCCUGGUACAUAAAACAGUUUUCAUCUCUGUAGAUAAUUUCAACUGUGCAGGGAUGAAGUUUUACAUAACUCCCCUGUUAACAGUUUUAUUCAGGCUUAAAGUUACACAUAUUUAAGGGCGGGGUCGCUUUGAGUGACAGACUGUCUGGGAGGCGUCAGAUCCGCCCCCUCGCUCCUUCACGACUCCAUCCUUUCCUCCAGAGUUGGUCACUUAAUACCAAGAUGGCAAUGGCAAAAAUGAGGCUUCAAAAUGGGAGUCCACAGACCAACACGGGAUAGUCAUUAUUUUUUACACUGCUAAUGGUUCUUCCUUGGCCUAUGCUGCACCCUUCCACCAAAUUUCAUAAAAAAUUAGGCUGAUAGUUUUUCUGUAAUCCUGCUGACAAACACAUCAAAUCCAAAAUAUAUAACCUUUUUUUGUGGAGGUAAUAAUAUGAGCAAAUCAGCAACUUCUGUAAAUACCUUUAAGAUGUCGCCACGCUGUCUUCAAAAUGUAAAAAUACAAAUCUAAAAGACAAAUAAGAGGGUCGUGUCCACAAAUGCUGCAAUCCACAUCCUCUCAGAUUUGAGGAGAUGGACUGUUGUGCUUUUGAAAGGUGACCUGCUCUGAUCAGGAACUCUCCAGCUGCCCCUCGUUUAGUUAGUGAGCUCCGAUUGUCUUUAGUGAGACAGCAGGUUACAAGGACCUGAAUCAAACUCUGUGAAUGGCUUCUUUAUUACAGAAAACAUUGUGCUCAAUAUGACAUGUUUUGGUUAAUUUGGUCCUUUUUGUGAUUUUUGCUUUAGAAAAAACUGUUAAUGUUUAAUUCCCUUUUUCAAUAAAUGAACUU